CCUGCUGGCUGCUCCUUCUGGGGGGAGCGGAGCGCUGUGGCUUAAUUAAUUUCGUGUAGUUCUGUGGAGAGAAGAGAAAAUGAAAGAUGAGUGAGGAGAGAGCUGGAGCCCUAGGACGGAUGCUCCGAGUGUGGGGAUAGGAGUAGGGACAGAGAGGGGGGCGGAGGGCGGGAGGCGAGGGGACCUGAGCCGAGAGCCAGAGGGAGCGAGCGAGGGGCAGAGAAGGGAGCGCUCCGAGCCGCCCCGACCCGAGCGGGUUGACCUCUUUCUUUCUCUGUCCCUCUCCUUCCUUUCCCCCUCUCUGUCUGCCUGUCCCCAGCCCGAUGGCAAAGCCGUGCGGAUUGGCACCCCCCUCUUCCUCAGGUUCCUAAUGUGAGAAGGUAGGCCCAGAUCAUGGAGGUGCUACAGUGUGAUGGCUGUGACUUCCGAGCCCCAUCUUACGAAGAUCUCAAGGCGCACAUCCAGGAUGUCCACACAGCAUUUCUGCAGCCAACUGAUGUUGCUGAAGACAAUGCUAAUGAGCCACGAUCCGGGUCCAUGAACGCCAGUAACCAGACAGAGGUGGAGUAUUCUUCGAUAAAGGACGAAUUUGCAAUCGCAGAGGAUUUAUCAGGUCAAAAUGCAACUGCAUUGGGGACCGGAAGCUACUAUGGCCACAGUCCAGGAUAUUACGGUCAGCAUAUUGCCCCUAAUCCCAAACCAACAAACAAGUUUUUUCAAUGCAAGUUCUGCGUACGCUACUUCAGGUCAAAAAAUCUCCUCAUCGAACACACAAGGAAGGUCCACGGAGCUCAAGCUGAAGGGAGUUCGGCGGGCCCCCCUGUCCCAGGAUCCUUAAAUUAUAAUAUCAUGAUGCAUGAGGGAUUUGGAAAGGUCUUCUCUUGCCAGUUUUGCACAUACAAGUCACCGAGGAGGGCGAGAAUAAUUAAGCACCAGAAGAUGUAUCACAAAAACAAUUUGAAGGAGACCACUGCUCCCCUCCCUGCCCCUGCUCCAAUGCCAGACCCUGUGGUCCCACCCGUGUCCCUGCAAGACCCCUGCAAGGAACUGCCAGCAGAGGUCGUGGAGCGCAGCAUCUUAGAGUCCAUGGUCAAGCCUUUGACCAAGUCUCGAGGCAACUUUUGCUGUGAGUGGUGCAGCUACCAGACCCCCCGCCGGGAGCGCUGGUGUGAUCACAUGAUGAAGAAGCAUCGCAGCAUGGUCAAGAUCCUUUCCAGCCUCCGCCAGCAGCAAGAAGGGACUAACCUCCCCGAUGUGCAGAACAAAAGCACCCCCAGCCCCACUUCCAACUCCACCUAUCUGUCCAUGAAUGCUGCAAGCCGGGAGAUGCCCAGCGCCAACGUCUCCAACUUCCGGGGCUCCGUCAGUAACUCCAUCAUGAGACCCAAUUCUUCGUCCGCUUCCAAGUUUCCACCCAUGUCUUACCCUCAGAUGAAGCCGAAGUCCCCUCACAACUCUGGCCUUGUUAACUUGGCGGAGAGAUCGCGUUAUGGCAUGGCUGACAUGACCAAUUCCUCUGCUGACCUGGAAACCAACAGCAUGCUGAAUGACUCCAGUUCUGAUGAAGAGUUGAACGAGCUAGAUAGCGAGAACGGCUUGAAUGCCAUGGAUCACCAGACGUCAGGCAUAUCUGCAGAGCAGCUGAUGGGCUCGGACGGCAACAAGUUGCUGGAGACCAAGGGGAUUCCGUUUAGAAGGUUCAUGAAUAGGUUCCAGUGCCCCUUCUGUCCCUUCCUCACUAUGCAUCGACGUAGCAUCUCCCGUCACAUAGAAAACAUCCAUUUGUCCGGAAAGACCGCCGUCUACAAAUGUGAUGAAUGUCCAUUUACUUGCAAGAGCUCGUUGAAGCUUGGGGCUCACAAGCAGUGUCACACGGGUACAACGUCAGAUUGGGAUGCUGUGAAUUCCCAGAGCGAGAGCCUUUCUGCUUCCCUGAACGAAGGUGUCGUGUCUUAUGAGAGCUCGAGCGUCAACGGCAGAAAGCCGGGGGUCCUGUUGGAUCCCCUGCAGCAGCAACAGCCGCCACCCCCGCCGCCACCGCCACCCCCACCGCCGUCCCAGCCGCAGCCACCGCAGCUACAGCCGCCCCACCAGGUGCCAGCCCAGCCGCAGCCCCAGCCCCCGCCAGUGCAGCCGCCCCAGCCGCCUGUGCCAGCCCCACCCCUACACCCUUACAAAUGCACCAUGUGUAAUUACUCCACCACGACUCUGAAAGGGCUACGGGUCCAUCAGCAGCACAAGCACUCGUUCUGCGACAACUUGCCAAAAUUCGAGGGGCAGCCCUCAAGCCUGCCGUUGGAGAGUGAGACAGACAGCCACCCCUCUUCCAGCAACACUGUGAAGAAAAGUCAGACCUCAAUUCUUGGGUUGUCCUCCAAGAACAAUUUUGUAGCUAAGGCCUCUAGGAAGCUCGCCAACGACUUUCCCCUCGAUCUGUCGCCCGUGAAGAAGAGAACGAGGAUCGACGAGAUUGCAAGCAACCUGCAGAGCAAAAUCAACCAGACAAAGCAGCAGGAGGACGCGGUGAUCAACGUGGAGGACGACGAGGAGGAAGAGGAAGACAACGAAGUGGAGAUAGAGGUCGAGUUGGACAGGGAGGAAGAGCCCAUAGAGCCGGUCAUGGAGGUGUCCACAUCCUUCUCGGCCCAGCAGAUCUGGGCGAGAGACGCCGGCGAGCCCCAAAAGGAGCCCAGCUUCAGAAGCGUCGCCCACGACUACAACGCCACCAACGGGGCGGAAAUUGAGCUCACCCUUUCUGAAGACGAAGAGGAUUACUAUGGCUCCUCGGCCAAUAUGAAAGACCACCAGGUUUCCAGUACUGCUCUGCUGAACACCCAGACUCCCAUCUAUGGGACAGAGCACAGUAACGAGAACACAGACUUUGGUGACUCUGGACGGCUUUAUUAUUGCAAACACUGUGACUUUAACAACAAAUCAGCCCGGAGUGUCAGCACCCACUACCAACGGAUGCACCCUUAUAUCAAGUUCAGCUUUCGGUACAUCUUGGACCCCAACGACCACAGUGCCGUGUACAGGUGCCUGGAAUGCUACAUUGACUACACCAACUUUGAAGACCUGCAGCAGCAUUACGGUGAACACCACCCAGAAGCCAUGAAUGUACUCAACUUCGACCAUUCGGACCUGAUCUACCGGUGUCGGUUUUGUUCCUACACGAGCCCGAACGUCCGAAGCCUGAUGCCGCAUUACCAAAGAAUGCAUCCCACAGUCAAGAUCAACAACGCGAUGAUAUUUUCCAGCUAUGUCGUGGAGCAGCAGGAAGGGCUGAAUACGGAAUCUCAGACACUGAGGGAGAUUCUGAAUUCAGCCCCCAAGAGCAUGGCGACUUCCACUCCCGUGGCUCGCGGUGGCGGUCUGCCGGCUACAUUUAAUAAAAACACUCCUUCAAAGACCUAUACUCCAGAAUGUGAAAAUCAGAAGGACCCCUCAGUUAACACUGUUGUCGUUUACGAUUGUGACGUUUGCUCGUUUGCAAGCCCCAACAUGCAUUCUGUCUUGGUUCAUUAUCAGAAGAAACACCCGGAAGAAAAGGCUUCCUACUUUAGGAUCCAGAAAACCAUGCGAAUGGUGUCUGUGGACAGGGGCUCUGCCCUUUCUCAAUUAUCAUUUGAGGUGGGUGCUCCAAUGUCUCCCAAAAUGUCCAACAUGGGUUCCCCACCCCCCCCACAACCCCCGCCACCAGACCUCAGUACUGAGCUUUACUACUGCAAACACUGUUCCUACAGCAAUCGGUCAGUUGUGGGAGUGCUUGUCCACUACCAGAAAAGACACCCAGAAAUAAAGGUCACUGCCAAAUAUAUCAGACAGGCUCCUCCCACAGCUGCAAUGAUGAGAGGGUCUGAGGGGCCCCAAGGCUCCCCUCGGCCACCCGCCCCCAUGCAACAGCUGAACCGCAGCAGCUCUGAGCGAGAUGGCCCUCCUGUGGAGAACGAGAUGUUCUUUUGCCAGCACUGUGAUUAUGGGAACCGGACAGUCAAGGGUGUCCUCAUUCACUAUCAGAAGAAGCACCGAGACUUCAAGGCCAAUGCAGAUGUGAUCCGGCAGCACACGGCCACCAUCCGAAGCCUCUGUGACCGGAACCAGAAGAAGCCUGCCAGCUGUGUGCUCAUGGCCCCCUCCAGCGUGGAGCGGGACAAAGCGAAACUUCGAGCGCUCAAGUGUAGGCAGUGCUCGUAUACCUCCCCCUACUUCUAUGCACUGAGGAAGCAUAUCAAGAAAGACCACCCUGCCCUGAAGGCCACAGUCACGUCCAUCAUGCGGUGGGCAUUCCUUGAUGGCUUGAUAGAAGCUGGCUACCACUGCGAGUGGUGCAUCUAUUCGCACACAGAGCCCAACGGUCUGCUCCUGCAUUACCAGAGGAGGCAUCCAGAGCAUUACGUUGACUACACUUACAUGGCUACCAAACUCUGGGCUGGGCCAGACCCGUCCCCUCCCUCCCUCGCGCUGCCCACAGAAGCCAAAACGUACCGAUGCAGAGACUGUGUCUUUGAGGCCAUGUCCAUCUGGGACAUCACCAAUCACUACCAGGCAUUCCAUCCCUGGGCGAUGAAUGGUGAUGAGUCGGUGCUGCUGGAUAUCAUCAAGGAGAAAGAUGCCAUCGAGAAUCCCCUCCCCCCCUCCGCCGAAGAGCUGGUGGGUCCCGUGAAUUGUGAAAACAGCUUGCCCACUCCACUCCCCGAGCAGGACGCAGAGUGCCCAGACGACCCGAGGCUCUCCCCAGAGAAGAGCAUCCAGCUGGCCUCGGCCAACCCGGCCAUCUCGUCCACCCCGUACCAGUGCACAGUUUGCCAGUCUGAGUACAACAACCUGCAUGGCCUGCUCACCCACUACGGAAAGAAGCACCCCGGCAUGAAGGUGAAGGCUGCCGACUUUGCCCAGGACAUCGACAUCAACCCCGGCGCCGUGUACAAAUGCAGACACUGCCCCUACAUCAACACCCGCAUCCACGGCGUCCUGACGCACUACCAGAAGCGCCACCCGGCCAUCAAGGUGACCGCCGAGGACUUCGUGCACGAUGUGGAGCAGUCCGCGGACAUAGCCCAGAACGACGUGGAGGAGACGAGCAGGAUCUUCAAGCAAGGCUACGGCGCCUACCGUUGCAAACUGUGUCCCUACACGCACGGCACGCUGGAGAAGCUCAAGAUCCAUUACGAGAAGUACCACAAUCAGCCCGAAUUCGACGUCUUUUCCCCGUCGCCCCCGAAGCUGCCGGUCUCCCUGGAGCCCGAGAUGGCCACGGAAGUGAGCCCCUCCCAGGUAUCCGCUGCUGAGGAGGACGUGGGAGAGGAGCCCAUGUCCACGUCGCACUUCUCAGCCUCGCAUCUGGUCUCCCACACUGUGUUCCGGUGUCAGCUCUGCAAGUACUUCUGUUCCACGAGGAAGGGCAUCGCCAGGCACUACCGCAUCAAGCACAACAACGUCCGCGCCCAGCCAGAGGGCAAGAACAACCUCUUCAAGUGCGCCCUGUGCGCCUACACCAACCCCAUCCGCAAGGGGCUGGCGGCCCACUACCAGAAGCGCCACGACAUCGACGCCUACUACACCCACUGCCUGGCCGCCUCCCGGACCAUCAGCGACAAGCCCAACAAGGUGAUCAUCCCUUCCCCGCCCAAGGAUGACUCCCCGCAGCUCAGCGAGGAGCUGCGGCGGGCCGUGGAGAAGAAAAAGUGCUCGCUGUGCUCCUUCCAGUCCUUCAGCAAGAAGGGCAUCGUGUCCCACUACAUGAAGCGCCACCCGGGGGUGUUCCCGAAGAAGCAGCACGCCAGCAAGCUGGGCGGCUAUUUCACGGCCGUCUACGCGGACGAGCACGAGAAGCCGGUGCUGAUGGAAGAGGAGGAGAGAGGCAGCUUCGAGAAGGCCGAGGUGGAGGGAAGCGAAGCUGCGGAGACCGAGUGGCUCCCGUUCCGCUGCGUCAGGUGCUUCAAGCUGUCCUUCAGCACGGCCGAGCUGCUGUGCAUGCACUACACCGACCACCACAGCCGGGACCUCAAGAGGGACUUCGUCAUCCUGGGCGGCGGCCCCCGCCUGCAGAGCCCCGCCUACCAGUGUAAGCACUGUGAUAGCAAACUGCAAAGCACAGCGGAGCUGACCUCACACUUGAACGUUCACAAUGAGGAAUUCCAGAAGCGUGCCAAACGUCAGGAGAGGAGGAAACAGCUUUUGAGCAAGCAGAAAUAUGCAGAUGGUGCUUUUGCAGAUUUCAAACAAGAGAGGCCUUUUGGUCACUUAGAAGAGGUGCCAAAGAUCAAGGAGAGGAAGGUGGUGGGCUACAAGUGUAAAUUCUGUGUGGAAGUGCACCCGACGCUCCGAGCCAUCUGCAACCACCUGCGGAAGCACGUCCAGUAUGGCAGCGUCCCCGCCGUGUCCGCCGCCGUGAAGCAGGAGGCCGAAGACCCUUCCCACUUGUUCCUGGAUGGAUUGGAAGUCGCCAAAGAUGCCAGUGGCACCCUGGUGGACCGGGUGGAUGGUGAACACUGCUUGCUUGAUGGAAUGUUGGAGGAUGAAACCCGGCCGGGGGGAUACCAUUGUAGUCAAUGUGACAGAGUCCUGAUGUCCAUGCAGGGGCUGCGUUCUCAUGAGAGGAGCCAUCUGGCCCUGGCCAUGUUUACCCGCGAGGACAAGUACAGCUGCCAGUAUUGCUCCUUUGUUUCUGCUUUCAGGCACAACUUGGAUCGCCAUAUGCAAACCCACCAUGGACACCAUAAACCAUUCCGGUGCAAACUCUGCUCCUUCAAGUCCUCCUAUAACAGCCGGCUGAAAACACACAUACUCAAGGCUCACGCUGGUGAACAUGCCUACAAGUGUUCUUGGUGCUCAUUUUCCACCAUGACAAUCAGCCAGUUGAAGGAACACUCCCUCAAGGUCCACGGAAAAGCCCUGACCCUCCCCAGGCCACGAAUUGUCAGUCUGCUCUCCUCCCAUGCUCACCACUCCUCCCAGAAAGCUACCCCCGCCGAAGAAGUAGAAGACUCUAAUGACUCCUCCUACUCCGAACCUCCAGAUGUUCAGCAGCAGUUGAACCACUAUCAGUCCGCGGCGCUGGCGAGGAACAACAGCCGCGUCAGCCCCGUGUCUCUCUCCGGGGCCGCCGGGGGUGCCGAGCAGAAAACCGAGGCUGUUCUGCACUGCGAAUUCUGUGAAUUCUCCUCUGGCUACAUCCAGAGCAUCAGACGCCAUUACAGGGACAAGCAUGGUGGGAAGAAGCUCUUCAAGUGCAAAGACUGCUCCUUUUACACAGGCUUUAAAUCUGCUUUUACUAUGCACGUGGAAGCUGGGCAUUCAGCGGUUCCUGAGGAGGGCCCCAAAGAUCUCCGCUGUCCUCUCUGCCUCUAUCACACCAAAUACAAACGCAACAUGAUUGACCACAUCGUGCUGCACCGAGAAGAGCGAGUUGUCCCCAUCGAAGUGUGCCGUUCCAAACUGUCCAAAUACUUGCAGGGAGUAGUUUUCCGCUGUGAUAAGUGCACCUUCACCUGCUCCAGUGACGAGAGCCUCCAGCAACACAUAGAAAAGCACAACGAACUAAAACCUUACAAAUGCCAGCUCUGCUACUAUGAGACCAAGCACACGGAGGAACUGGACAGCCACCUUCGGGACGAGCAUAAGGUGAGCCGUAAUUUUGAGCUGGUUGGACGGGUUAACUUGGAUCAGCUGGAACAGAUGAAGGAAAAGAUGGAGAGCUCCAGCAGUGACGAUGAGGACAAGGAAGAAGAAAUGAGCAGCAAGGCUGAUGACAGAGAUCUGAUGAGAUUUUCCGACCGUGGGGCUCCUAUUAACACCGAGAAACGUUUUCCGUGUGAAUUUUGCGGACGGGCGUUUUCACAGGGCUCUGAGUGGGAAAGGCAUGUGCUGAGACACGGCAUGGCGUUGAAUGACACCAAGCAGGUGAGCAGAGAAGAAAUCCACCUGAAAGAGAGUGUGGAGGACAGUAUUAAGAUGCCCUCUAUAGAGGAAAAGGAAGAUGACGAGGCAAUCGGGAUAGACUUUUCCCUAAAGAGCGAAACAGUAGCCAUUUGUGUAGUAGCUGCUGACAAAUCUCUCCUGGAGAAUGCAGAGGCCAAAAAUGAAUAAGCGUUUGGUGAAAUUCUUAAUCAAACCGUACUUGAACCGUGAUGAGAAAGUGGGAGGGCCAGCUUGGGCUGAGAAGGGGGGUGGACAGAAAAGAAGACAGAACAAAGCUGCUUUUUAGGACUGAACAAUCUAUUUUCAAAGCACUGGUACCUGUGUGAAUGAGUAUGUAAAUUAAAGUUAUUUAAAUGGUUGGAAUAUGUGGCUCCUUUUCCAUCACUACACCUUUUCUUCCGGAUCUUCAUCAUGGAAGUGUCAUUUGUUGUGGAAUAUGGAAGCACCUCCCGUGUGCACGGUGUGCUCUGUGGCGGUCUUGGACAGGAUGUGGAAACAGAAGCUCCAUGACAGUAGAAGACUUCUCUUAGGGGAACAACUUUUUGACGCACAUCUUUUGGUGCGUUUUUCUAGUUUUAAUACCUUAAGCUUUUUCAAGACCUAACUGCAGCCGCUUUGGGAAAAAACAAACAAACAAAAAAAAACACAAAAAAAUCAAAAACAGAGAACAAAAAACUGCUUUGCAUAAAACAGUCACCUGUUUCCUAGUACCUCAAACUUAACCAAGGGAAUUCUCUGCAUUUGUCAGUACUACCUGUCGUCGUCGUGGUUAAAUGUAGAGAGAACUGCUGGGCAAGACGGUGAAUGGAGAAAAAAAAAGAGAGUUUUAAAGAAAGGAACACAAAUUGUGCUUAAAAUCCCCAUGUGGGUUUUAUUUCUUAAAAUACUGUGAUUUUUUUAAUUAUUUUAGUAAAAAACAAAACAAAAAAAAGAAACAGACUUUAAUUAUUAGAUAACUGUUUGUGAAUUGUCAUCCUUUAUUCCAGGUAAGCUGUUUAUUAGUGUUCAACUAUAAUUUAGAAUUUGGUAGAUUCAUGUGAGCUAAUUUUACGGUGACUGUGGAGUUUUGUUUGCCAUAUGUUUAUUUUCUAUCAAUUUGAGUGUUACAAACACAGCACAAUUCAGUUUUCACAUAAAUUGUUUUUUGUGUGCGUGUUAUUGUUUUAAUUUGGGGGCAAGGGAUUUUUAGUUUUUUUUUGUGAAUAGGAAUGUUUUUAUUUUAAAACAUGGAAAAUAACAAAGAGGUUAACUUUUUUUCCCUUAAUUUAACUAAAGAACCAAACUUUUUGGCACAGCUAUGCAGCUUGUGGGCCAGAUGAGGAAGUCCUCUUCACUCUUUUGUUGCUCGUCAAAUUAACACAUUAUCCGUCUCACACAAAUAAUUUGUUAGAAUGGGCUGGCUUUUGUGUGUGAUUUUGAAAUCUGUGUUCUGUUUUUGUUUGCAUUGUGUUUGGGGGAGGGUUUUUCAUUUAUUUUAUGGGACAAGGGGAUGUGCUAGAAUCCCAUCCCUUUGGUGAGAGUGGACAAGAAAUACUUAUAUCCUACAAGGAGCCUGGAGAACUACUUUUUUUUUUUUUUUUAAUCUAGCUGCCAGCUGCUCUGUUUCCCCAUCUUAGCUUUUUCAGGAGGGAGCAGCUUAGACUAAAUCUAAGUCUACAUUUAUAAUAUGUUCUGAUUGUGAACAAAAGGUUUCAUUCCAAAAAAGUAGAAAAGAACUUUCCUUGAAGCCUAGGUUAUAGAGAAGCCUGUGUGUGUGUGCUUUGAUGCGUGUGUGCUCAUGUGCGUGUGUGUGAGUCCUUUGGUUUUCAUGUUUUGUUUUGUUUUUGUUUUACUUGGAAGGGUUGCGGGAGGGGGAGGGAAGAAAGGGACAGGGAAUUGCUGAGAUGACAGUGUCCCACACAGCUUCAAAUAAAAUCCAUGGAAAGAUAUUGCAUUUGUGGAAUAAGUGCUUACUUGAAAAGCAUGUUCUUCUUUUAUUUUCUUGCUGUUAAGAAAUUUUAUUUGUAGGGUGUUUGUUUUAAUUUAAUUUUUUUUUUUUUUAGGGAUGGGGGCCAUCAUGUGGAAACCAGAAAAUGGGGAAAGUGUGAUCUAGACAAAGAUAACAUUUUGUGUCCAUAUUUGUUUUUAAUUGGCCUCAUUUCAAAUGUAUUAAACAGUUCCAUACCUGGAUUGGGUGUUUGUAAUGGUUACCAAAAAAAAAAAAAA